CGCCAACCCACUAACAACGCUAAUCAAGAGGACUUCUCCCAAAGAAAAGAGGAACAAAGGAGGACAGAUAAGUACAAGAGGCAGAGGCAGUAAGAGGUGAAACAAGAAAUAUCACUGUCAAUAGCAAGGAUUUUCUGUCUUCAGGAUAGUUGAGAUCGGCCAUUCCCCAUUAUCACAAUCCCAUCUCUCUCCCUUUACCUCCAAGCCCUCCCUUGGAUAGGAUUUCUUUUUUUCUUCCCAUUUUCUUUCUUCUUUUUCUUUCCUCCCCUCUCCUCUCAUUUUUCUUCUCUAACAAAAAGAAGAAGAAGAAGACAAAGAACCUUCUUCUCUGGCAUUUGAAUCAGCACCCCAUACGCCAUUUUGAGCCCCCUCUCCAACCUUCCGCGUGGUUAUCUACUCUACUCCUACUUUCGGCCCUCGUACCGUCUGCUGGAAACAUUCAACAUUGUCUCCCUUUCCUCCUACCCCCGUGCCUUGCCCCUUCCUUUACACCCCUAACCACGAACGCAACAAUUCUCCAAUGAUCAGUGUCUGGUACUCAUAAAUUCUCGGGGAGGAGCAGAUUCUUGUCUGAGAUCAGUCUGUCCUCGUUUUGCUUAAGUUUUCAUCAUGGCGAACCCACUUACUUCGGCAUGGCGUUCCUUUUGGCAUACAAUGACUUCUUACGAUCGGCAUGCAUCCCACGACUCUCCUUAUCGAACGGGUAAACAUGUGCCUCUCAGCCAGAGUCGCCAUGAGCCUCUUACAUCGAUCGCAACAAGUGCCAUUGAGUCGCGACCUGACUUGACGGAGACUUACGAGGAUGAUCAGCUCAAAGGCGCAACGACAUCUAACGGCUGGACCGGCUCCCCUACUGGUGUUGGCUCCCCUACUCGUCCUUACUCGCCCGGUAUGCGAUCCCUCUCCUCCCAGAAGCGACGCUCGACCGACCCCGGAGUAGAUGGCGCAGCAGAGAUUCAAAUGCAAAGUUUCCACGAUGGCGCACCGCCACCCCCCCCAGUCACUCAUUCAUGGAGAAAGAUCGAGCGAUGGCUGGAGAAUAACUACGAGGAGCUUUACGACAAUCUUUGCGAAGGCUGUACUCAGAACGAUAUCAAUGAGCUGGAGCAUGACUUGGACUGUAGCCUACCGCUGGAAGUUCGGGAAUCUUUGAUGGCCCACGAUGGACAGGAGCGUCCGGGCUUACCCACUGGUGUGAUUUUUGGAUGUAUGCUUCUGGACUGCGAAGAGAUAGUCCAGGAAUGGAAAAAUUGGCGAACUGUCAAUGAAGAAUUCCUCAGCUCAUCCGGCAUUAUCAAUACUACUCCCAAAGCUGCGGCAGGCUCUUCUUCGGCUGUCCCUCCAGCCCCUACUACAGGGUCAAAUCCGUUGUGGAGACAGGAUCUUCUCGAGCGACAAGACUCUCAGCCCUCCGGUGCCGUUCAGAAAGCGUAUGCCCAUCCUGCUUGGAUUCCUAUGGCUCGUGACUGGGGUGGAAAUUGUAUCGCAAUCGAUCUGGCACCGGGACCUGCAGGGAAAUGGGGCCAAGUCAUUAUAUUUGGUCGGGAUUAUGACUGCAAAUACGUUGUCGCUCGUUCUUGGGCAUCUUUCCUCGCAGUUGUGGCUGAUGACCUCUGCAGCGGCAAGGUUUCUGUGGAUGAAGAGACGAAUGAACUCAAGCUAUUGGAAUUCAAGGCCCAGAAUGUUGAACCUCCUUACAUGGAAAUUCUACGCUGGCGUACAGAUCAGAAGUAUGGCCGGAGACCACCCCGUCGCAAGGGGCCUAGCGGUCUUGGAUUGAAUACCGGUAGUAAGUCUGGAAAGGAGUCUCCUUAUGGGAGCCCAACCCCUAGUGAAGAACGGGGGAGAUCGCCUCACCGCUUCCCCAAUCGUGGGUCUACUCAGAGUCCCAAGACGCAGUUUGGUAUAUCCAGCCCUCUUGCUCGCGUCACGGAAGAGGCUCCAAGUCCUAUACACACGAAUGUGGAUAGCGGCCUGCCAGAUAAUGUCGUGAAAAGUGAUGAUACAAAGGAAACACAAAGCGAAGAUCUGAUGGAAGUGUUGACACAUGUGGGUAAAGGGAACGAAGGUGUUCUUGACAAAGGUGCUGAGCAAAAACUGUCGGAGAAUGGGAUGAUACAGAAUCAGGAGUCGACUCAUGGAUCUCCUAGUACUGCCUUGGACGCCGAGAUCUUGGGCGAAAUGAAAAAUGUGGCUAUCUAAGUCUGAUUCAAUACCUUUCUUUAACUUCUUUUUUCAUGCUUUCUUUCGCCCCCGUUAUGAACAUCUUGCUUUUGUCGCUCGGAUAAGUAAUAAAUUCCCUUUUUUCGUCCUGUUUAAACUGCCAAACGCCGAUGUCGAACUGAUGAAUCUUUGUGGAGACCGUGCUGACAGGCUUGUAUAAAUCCUAACUCUAAUAUUCUGUGGUUCUGUGGUUCUUGUGACAUUCCUCUACGUUAUAGAAGCGUCUUACUCUUUUCUUCGCUUGGGAUGGUUUCUCGCGAUUUGUUUCGCUCGUACUACCUGUAAAUUUAGCUCGAUAUUCGUUCAGAAUUUGGCUUUGGUUUUUUUUUUUUUUUUUUUUUU